CGAGAGUCGGCGCCGUUCGCCGUCGAAUUCGACUCGCCGCCGAGAACCGCGCGGAACUCGGGCGCGAUCUUCAUCCCGCGCCGGCUUUUCUCGCCGGCCGAGGCGAGAAAUUUCCUGUAGGAGUGAUGUCGCGAGAUCGCGCGGAUCGUCCUGUACGUAUAUGUAUCUCGCUGUCGCUAAUUACGUAUCUCGGGGGAGUUGCAGUAUUCGAGUAAACUGCAUUCUAAAUCCCACACGUAUCUCACGUAUCCUGAGAUUUUCCUCAUUUCUCAUUUGGAUAUAAAUAUAUUUCGCUCCCUCGAAUCACGCCGCAUUUACUUUUUUUUCGACUCCAACGGCUGUUGAAGUACUUCCAGAAAACCAAACGACUACAUAUCGCGGCUAAGUUCACGUCGCUAAUUCGUCUCGAGAAUCGCGUAGAAAUGGCGACAGUUGCGAGACGCGUCGCGUAGAGCCGCGUUCGAACGCGGUACGUGUAUUUCCCGCGCAUUAUUGCCGUCUAAAAGCGAAUCUCUGUGCGCGCGUGUCGUCGCGGAGUGUCUCGUUCGAGUGUCGAGUGCUCGUCGCAACACGGUUGAAUCCGACGUCGCGACUUGGCGGAUGUGAAAAAAAUUCCGGCUAGAAUUCACGGCAUCUUGACAGUACAGAAGAUGCGGCGAAUACGCAACGGAAGAUGAGCGGAAAAUCGACGCGACGUGAAAGAAAUUCAUAUUGUCGUUGGGAACAUGGAGGUAUUCUCCAUGGUUAGGAACAUCGGAGCUUUUGGCCGUUUCAACUUACUGCAUUUUCGGUUUCCGGAAUCUACUAAUCGGAGAGGUUUCUGGAGAGGUUUCCUGUCUACUUCUUAUCUCACGGGAUUUGGUUGUGAGUUCUCCAGCGAGGAUGAGCGCUGUCCAGGAGCACUGCCUAUUGGGCAGAACAAUCCGCAGAAGUGUCCAUACGGUCUUUACGCCGAACAAUUGUCGGGCACAGCAUUCACCGUUCCGCGUAAUCAAAAUAAAAGAUCGUGGCUCUAUCGGAUAAAACCCUCCGUCGUUCACACUCCGUUCGAACCCUUCACUCGAGGCAAUGGUGCCGAAUCUUAUCUCAGAAAUGAUUGGAACGAGACUCAUCCCAAUCCCAAUCAGCUAAGAUGGAAGACUUUUGACGUUCCGACUCGACGAGAUCCCGAAGUCGAUUUUAUCGAGGGUCUUCACACUCUGUGCGGUGCCGGUGAUCCCAAGAUGCGCCAGGGCGUUGCGGUGCACGUGUACUUGUGCAACGCGUCCAUGAAGGACAGGGCUUUCUACAACGCCGAUGGCGAUUUUCUUAUCGUGCCACAGUUGGGCGCUCUGCAGAUCACCACCGAGUUCGGCAAGAUGCGAUGCGAACCGAACGAGAUAUGUGUCAUUCAGCAGGGAAUGCGAUUCUCCGUGACCGUCUUCGGUCCGUCCAGGGGUUACAUUCUCGAGGUCUUCGACAAUCACUUCCAGCUGCCAGAAUUGGGUCCGAUAGGAGCGAAUGGCCUGGCGAAUCCGAGAGAUUUUCAGACGCCAGUGGCUUGGUACGAGGAUCGCGAGAUCGAUUACGAGAUCGUAUGUAAAUAUCAGGGGAAGCUAUUCGUGGCCAAUCAAGGCCGUAGCCCCUUUGACGUGGUCGCGUGGCAUGGCAAUUACGUACCUUACAAAUACGAUCUCAAUAGAUUCAUGGUCAUCAAUUCCGUCUCCUUCGAUCACUGCGAUCCUUCCAUCUUCACUGUGCUAACGUGCCCUACUAACAAGCCUGGAACCGCCGCAGCCGAUUUCGUGAUCUUUCCACCCCGAUGGUCCGUGCAAGAACACACUUUCCGGCCCCCUUAUUAUCACCGAAAUUGCAUGAGCGAAUUUAUGGGAUUAAUAAAGGGUCGUUACGAGGCAAAGGAGGAUGGUUUUUCCGCCGGUGGUGCAUCGCUACAUUCUGUCAUGACUCCGCACGGUCCUGAUAAACAAUGCUUUGAGGCUGCGUCCAAGAGCGAGCUGCUGCCAGAACGGAUCGCUGACGAUACGCAGGCAUUUAUGUUUGAGACCUCGUAUAGUAUGGCUGUGACAGAAUGGGCUAAUAAGAUUUGUACUAAGCUGGACGAUAAGUAUUACAAGUGCUGGCAGGAUCUACAGAAGCAUUUUAAUCUCACUGAUAAGGAGGCCAAAGUUGCUUAAUCAACAACAAUCAAUCAGAUGCCUCUAUCUUAACGCGUUUAUGACGAGAAAGAAAGGCAGUCUGUAGUCAGCUCUUAAGAUAAAUCUUUGGCACCUCUUUCUCCCUCUCUCUCUCUCUCUCUCUCUCUCUCUCUCUCUCUCUCUCUCUCUAUCUUGCAGCGGAAAAAUCGCUAAGACCAUUAUUUUUGGAUGACGAGUUUAUUUUAGCAGCUCUAUCCUCUAUGUCAUCAUCGAGAAAAGAAAAAAUUAUCUUAAUGAUUUAUUUUGACAAAAAGCAAAAAUAGACGUCAGAGCCUUUUCUUUGAUGUUUUUCUUACGACUAUGUGUUGUCAAAAAUCUUUCAAAAGUCUUUCAGAUAUUUCUUAUAAAUUGUUAUUAUUACUGGUGUACAACAAGUAUUAAUAUUUUUGUUGUCUUGGGAGUACACGUUGCGAUCUUUUUCUUCUCCGAUUGUUUCUGUCAUGGUGUAUUCAUGAAGAUAUCGUGCAAAACUGCAAAGUUAUCUGGUGCGUGUAGCUGGGACUAAUUAUAAAUUCGCCAACAUUGCGUUCGUAUACGAGGAAUGUUACUAGGUGCAAGGAACUUUUAAUCACGUUUACCUCUUACCACGAUAUGCAAUUGACGAAAGUCUAUUAAAUUAUAUGCUUAUUACUGACAUUUAAAGAUACUGAAACUACUUAUUUUGUACGAUGAGUAGAUACUACGAAAAUUUAAUAAUUAUAAUACGUUAUAGCAUUAGCGAUAGUUAAAUUUUUAAUUAUGCUUUUAAACAUGCCAACUAUCGAAUGAGCUCUCCUUCCCGCCCCCUCUUAUGUCCAUUUCUAUAGAUUAAUUUUAAUUUCGGCUUAAUUUACUCUUUAUCUUGGUUAUUUUAGUUUAGAAAAAGAUAAAGAGUAAAUUAAAUCGAAAUUAAAAUUAAUCUACAUUGAUAAAAAUGGAUAUUAGAAGUCAAAUGAUCAACUCUAUGAAAUGAAAACUAAAAAUUUAUGAAAUUAUAAAAUCUGUGUGCCCUGGUAAAAUUAAGAAAAUUAUAAAAGUGGAGUUGAUCAGUUUAGCUUUUGAGAGCUCUAAUAUUUCUUUCAAUUAAUGAAUUGUAUUAAAUUAGUAAAUUCAAAAUAUAGGAUAUUUUAUUCAAUAAUCAAAUAAUUAACUUCUAUAAUGACAAUGAGAAGAGUUAGCUGUUUGAGAAUGUCAUGAAAAUCAUUAUUACAUAACUUUGAGUAUAAAUAUCUGCGCGACUGUUAUCAUAAAAGCGGUAUCCUUGUGUGUGUUAAAUCGACGAAAUAUUUAAUACGAAAAUAAAACCAAAAUAAUAGAAUAUAAAACUUUGUCAUGAAUGACUCAUCAAAUUUAUAUUAAAAAACUGAUAUACUACUUGAAUUGCUGCAGUACAUUGCAUUUAUGAUUACAAGAACAAUACGUGUUCACAGCGAGAUAGUGAGCAAUAAGAUUACAAAUGUCGUUCUAUCUGAUUGUGAGAUCUGACGUCCGUAUAAACGUUUAUGAAAUCAUUUCACCGAUGAAGAUAAAUAAGAAUCAUAUUUUCCAUUGUAUUUCAACGCGUGCGACAAUUUUAUUGUUUUAAACGAAUUCCGUAUUUCUAUAAUAAAAUUGUAUAUAAAAUAAAAAA